CAGAAUCUGUUAAGCAGAGGAGCUUUCCACUCUGUUUCUCAACACAAAACGCCUUCACUUCCAUCAUUUUCUCUAAAUUUAUGAGUACUGACAAAUCAAAGAACAGACAAAUGAAACCCACAAAGAUCAAUCUUGAAAGUGAAGGCCGCCAUUUUUAUCUCAUAACCUAACACAAAAACCAGAGAUCUCCAUUUUUUAGUUCAUUCAGAGAGGGGGAAAAAAUGGGCAAGGCCGGAAAAUGGCUGAAGAAUUUCCUCUCCGGCAAGAAAUUCGACAAAGAACAUUCCCAAAUCACAAAUCAGAUUUCUACGAUUUCUUCAGAAAAUUCAACCACUCCGAUUUCCACUCCCAAAGAGAAGAAACGAUGGAGUUUCCGGCGACCCUCUCCGACCAAGGAUGUGAACCCACCGGAAUCGAAUGUUUUCGUCCCUGCAACCCCACCGGCGACCACCUCGUUAGACAUGGAAAAGGAACAGGAAAAACAGGCAAUGGCGGUGGCAGCUGCAACGGCGGCGGCCGUCGCAGCUGCUCAAGCUGCUGCUGCUGUGAUUCGUUUGACUGCAGCGUCAAAUGGGAAAGUUAGUGCGAUUGAAGAAGCUGCUGCAAUUAAAAUCCAAUCGGUUUUCAGAUCUUAUCUGGCAAGGAAGGCUCUUUGUGCUUUGAAAGGAUUGGUGAAAUUACAAGCGAUGGUGAGAGGCCAUUUAGUGAGACAGAGAGCCACCGAAACUCUGCGAUGUAUGCAAGCUUUAGUGACGGCACAGGCCAGAGCUCGAACACAGAGGAUUAAAAUGGCGGAAGAUUCAAAGCCCACUUCCCAUCAAUGGCACUCAUCCCACAGAAAAUCCUUCCAAGAAAGUCGCCUAAGACAAACCCAUCAAGAGAUUGAUAGAGAAAUGGAGGAGAACAUAAAGAUUGUGGAGAUGGAUUUAGGGGGAAGCCUAAAGAAUCGCAAUAGUUACAGCCAUUACGCCUAUUCGAAUCAAGAAAACCUACGCCUCUCGCCGGCGCCGUCGGCGAUGACUGACAUGAGCCCGAGAACAUACAGCGGCCAUUUCGAAGAUUAUGCUUAUGGAACAGCUCAAAGUAGCCCACAAUGCUUCUCCGCUUUGGCAAAAGCCGACCCGAAUCGACUCCCAUUCGAAUUUCCCAGAUCGGAAUAUGCAGAAUCUUUGUCUUAUGAUUACCCAUUGUUCCCAAAUUACAUGGCGAACACCGAAUCGUCCAAGGCAAAAGUGCGGUCCCAGAGCGCGCCAAAGGCCCGGCCGGAGUCGUUUGAGAGGCAGCCGAGCCGAAGGCGGGCAUCGGUGGAGGGGAGGAACAUUCCAAGGGCGGUGAGAAUGCAGCGGUCGUCGUCACAUUUGGGCUCUGCCGCACAGAACUACGGUUAUCCUCCAUGGCCUAUGAAGCUUGACCAGUCGACGGUGUCGCUUAAGGACAGCGAAUGUGGCUCGACAUGCUCGGUGUUAACAAAUUCAAACUAUUGUCGAUCGAUUGCAUCACAUGAAGUUUAUGGAAACAGGUACUAACAAAGAUGAUGAUAAAAUAAAACAAAAUAAAAGAAAAACUAGAGAAAAGCUCUCCAAUAUCUGACCUUUCUUUGAUUCUUUUCUUUUGCUUUUUGUGUGUGGGUGUUUUGUUUUAGUCCUUCAAAGUGUAGUUCUCAAUGGACUGUAAUUAUAUAAUUUGUAAUGUUUUUGUAAGUUUGAUGGGAUUGGUUGCAUCCUUUUUGUUUAUAAAAUUACAAAUUUAGUAA